AUGUUCUUGCAACGCUCCGCCAUCAUGGCUGCCCGCCGGGCCGCCGUCGCUCCCCUCGCCAAACGCACUUUCGCGACCUCCAUGAUCCGCCGCGACGCCAACCCUUCUACCCCCGCCAAGCCUUACAAGACCAUCAAGGAAAUCAAGGUCGAGGAGGACCUCGUCGGUCCUGGUGCCAAGCCCGGUACCAUCCCUACCGACCUCGAGCAGUCCACCGGUCUUGAGCGUCUUGAGAUCCUUGGAAAGAUGGAGGGCGUCGACAUCUUCGACAUGCGCCCCCUUGAUGCCUCCCGCAAGGGCACCAUGGAGAACCCCAUCCCCGUCCGCUCCGCCGGUGAGGAGCAGUACCUCGGCUGCACCGGUGUCCCGGUCGACUCCCACGUCACCAUCUGGCUGACCAUCUCCCGCGAUCGCCCCAUCGAGCGCUGCCCCGAGUGCGGCUCCGUUUACAAGAUGGAGUACGUCGGCCCCACCGACGACCACCACCACGACCACCACCACGGCCACGGCUACGAGGAGCCCAAGACCUUUGCCGACUUCGUUAAGCCCGAGUACCGAUACCAAUAG